AACACAGGCCCGGCCCGGCCCGGCCCGGCCCAAGAACCCCCAUCUCUCGAUUCCUCCAACAAAUUCCCCUUUCCCUUACUCCCCAUCCCCACCCACCCACGCCGACGAGCAAACCCUAGCGAGCGAGAGAGCCCGGAGCCGAGAGACCAGCCAGCCAUGGCGCUGCGUGCCCUGUACAACGAGAUCCGGAGCAUGAAGGUCCGCGACGUGCCGGCUUACCUGAAGCCGCGCUUGACCUGGGACAACGUCAAGAAGAGCGCCGACCAGGCCGUCGACCGCUACAUCGAGAAGUACAUCGACACGAGCUCGCCGGACCCUCUCUACCACGUCUGCAUCGGAGGGAUGAUCUUCUCCUACUUCGUCAAUCUGCCCUGGGAGCGCGCCCACCUCGCCCACCUCGAGGAGAUGGAGAGGACCGGUGGGAAGCACUAGAUCCGCUGCCCCGUCCCUCGCCGGCAGCGCGGGAGGACGGGUGACUUUCAUGGGGUCCAUUCAGGCUGAUGGCUUCUGUUUUCUUCUGCUGUUGAGCUACUGGAGUCAUGUUACUUUGGUCGUUGGUUUUGUACCCAGACAGCAAGAAACUGUCCAGCUUAUUGUCUUGUUCCUCGCGUCUUGUCAUAAGUAACUUCAAACAAAGGAGUGCAUGCAUUGUGAUUAAAAA